AUGACUACCGCUGUCUUAGCAUUUCUGGCAGUCGUCACCUGCAGUGUUUAUGCCAAGGAUACAGCUUGCGGACGUUUGGUCGAGUGCUUACAGAAGGUUCGGACAAAAAAUGAGGAGUGUUUCUCUAGUCAUCCCAACAAGACCACCACAGACUGUUAUAACGAAACUUUACACCUUGAACUAAAGCACUUGAGUGAUCAAGUGAGGAUGACUUAUUUUCUGACAGAUAUGUAUCUCAAAGGUUUUAGCUGUGAGAACAGUAAGCGAGAGUUAUCGUCAAUCGUUGUCUUCGUUGAGUAA